CCUGACAACAAGCUAUCGGAUGUGAGCCUCUGAUUCUGAUGAUAUGGGCACAACGCUGACAUUUAAAUUCCUUGGAUAACCUAGCGUCAUACGAACGAAGCCUUACAAACGUUUUAUUAUCACUAUUCACAUAUUAUAAUCUCCCUUCUGCAAUCACACUAUGCCGAGCAAUAAGCUUGAGAAACCUGACAAGCAGGAAGUCAGUGAUAAUGUCAAGGUGGUGGUGAGAUGUCGUCCCCUCAACCAGAAAGAGAAGAUGAUGGGCCACAAACAGGCCGUCAUUGUGGACGAAAUCCGUGGGACCAUAACAGUUAACAAGCUGGAGACUCCUCAGGAGCCUCCCAAGACCUUCACCUUUGACACUGUGUUUGGACCAGACAGCAAACAGCUUGAUGUCUACAACCUCACAGCCCGCCCCAUCAUCAACUCAGUAUUAGAGGGUUACAAUGGCACCAUUUUUGCAUAUGGACAAACUGGCACAGGAAAAACAUUCACCAUGGAGGGUGUGAGAGCAGUGCCAGAACUCAGAGGGAUUAUCCCGAACUCCUUUGCACAUAUUUUUGGUCACAUUGCCAAGGCAGAGGGAGACACCAGGUUUUUGGUUCGUGUUUCAUACCUGGAGAUUUACAAUGAGGAAGUGCGGGACUUGUUGGGCAAGGAUCAGAUGCAGAGGCUAGAGGUUAAAGAAAGGCCAGAUGUUGGUGUGUACAUCAAAGACCUCUCUGGUUACGUUGUGAACAAUGCUGAUGACAUGGACAGGAUUAUGACACUGGGGCACAAAAACCGGUCUGUUGGUGCCACAAACAUGAAUGAACACAGCUCUCGCUCUCAUGCUAUCUUCACCAUCACUAUCGAGUGUAGUGAGAAGGGUGUGGACGGAAACCAGCAUGUGCGCAUGGGAAAACUUCAUCUGGUUGACCUGGCAGGUUCAGAAAGACAAGGCAAGACUGGAGCCACAGGUCAGCGUUUAAAGGAAGCAACAAAAAUCAAUCUCUCUCUCUCCACACUGGGUAAUGUCAUCUCUGCCUUGGUGGAUGGCAAGAGCACACACGUCCCUUACAGGAACUCCAAACUAACCCGUCUGCUGCAGGAUUCACUCGGAGGAAACUCUAAAACCAUGAUGUGUGCAAAUAUAGGCCCUGCAGACUAUAACUACGACGAGACCAUCAGUACCCUCCGCUAUGCCAAUAGGGCUAAAAACAUCAAGAACAAAGCCAGGAUCAAUGAGGAUCCCAAGGAUGCUCUGCUGCGCCAGUUUCAGAAGGAGAUUGAGGAGCUGAAGAAGAAACUGGAGGAAGGUGAAGAGAUCUCUGGCUCAGAGGGCAGUGGAUCAGAAGAGAUGGAUGAAGGUGAUGAUGACGGAGGGGAGGCAGGAGAGAGCCGCAGAAGAAGAAGAGACAGCAGCAGCAGCAGCAGCAAUAGGUCAGAAUUUGCCUGCUCCUCCUCAGUGUCACCACCCACUGAGAACAAACCUCAGAAUAGGAGGAAGAAGGUUUCUCCAGACAAGAUGGUGGAAAUGCAGGCAAAAAUUGAAGAGGAAAGAAAGGCUCUGGAGGCCAAGUUGGACAUGGAGGAGGAGGAGAGGAACAAGGCAAGAGCAGAACUGGAGAAGAGGGAGAAGGACCUGCUUAAAGCCCAGCAGGAGCACCACCUUCUGCUGGAAAAACUGUCGGCUUUAGAGAAGAAGGUGAUCGUGGGUGGGGUGGACCUCUUGGCCAAGGCUGAGGAGCAGGAGAAGCUCUUGCAGGAGUCCAACAAUGAACUUGAAGAACGUCGCAGGAGAGCAGAGCAGCUGCGGAAGGAACUAGAGGAGAAAGAGCAAGAGCGUCUGGACAUAGAAGAGAAAUACACAAGCCUGCAGGAGGAGGCUCAAGGAAAGACCAAGAAGCUGAAGAAAGUAUGGACCAUGCUGAUGGCUGCCAAAUCAGAAAUGGCAGAUCUACAGCAAGAGCAUCACAGAGAGAUUGAAGGUCUCUUGGAGAACAUCCGCCAGCUGAGCCGAGAGCUUCGGCUCCAGAUGCUCAUUAUAGACAAUUUUAUUCCCCAGGAAUACCAGGAGAUGAUAGAGAAUUACGUGCAUUGGAAUGAAGACAUUGGAGAAUGGCAGCUGAAAUGUGUGGCAUACACUGGCAACAAUAUGAGAAAACAGACCCCUGCUCCAGACAAAAAAGAAAAAGAUCCUUUUGAGGUGGAUCUGUCCCAUGUGUAUCUGGCUUACACAGAGGAGAGCAUGCGGCAGUCACUGAUGAAACUAGAGAGGCCAAGAACCUCUAAAAGUAGCAAGAGUGGUCGACCCAAGACAGGGCGAAGGAAAAGAUCUGCUAAGCCAGACGCUGUGAUCGAAUCCCUUCUGCAGUAAAGACAGCGUAGAGGAGGGCUACGUUUGACUGCAACUUUCAUGUUACCCUAUGAAAAGAAGUCAUUUGUCAAGUCUAAAAGUUAUUGCUGAACAUUAUUUAAAAGAUUAUCUUAAUGCACUGUAUAGCUGACAUGGUUCAAAUUUGAAAUAUAAAUAAAUUUGUGCUGUUGUUUGGAGAGCACUCAUGGUAGGAUUAAGACCUUUUGGCCAAGAGGACGUGUUAUUUGUAUUAUGGUGUAAGAAUUUUAAUGUUGCUUGGGCGCAUUUCAAUGGCAGCAGCCUCUAUCUUAAAUAAGUUCAAUCAUUUAAGUACAACUACUUUAAGGAGGAAAUAUUCCAUAAAUAUAUUUCACUUGCAACAUCAAUAGUUUAGAAAACGAUCAACAAUCUGAAAGAAUCUGCAGAUUUGAUGGGAUGCUGAAAGCAGAAUUUGCACACAGGAACAGCAUUCAUAUUUCCUAUGUUGAGUGUAUUUAACUCAAGGGUUUUGCGAUGAAUACCACACAGAUUAAGUCUUAACCUCUGUUUUACUGAUUUCCUACUAUGUGACAAACUGAUUCAUAUUAAAUGGGCUGUGCUAAUAUGAACACAUUAUAACUGAAUUCUAAUUCAAUUCUAAUAAUUAAUUUUCACUUAAAUUAAUCUUUUUGUGCACAAGCUGUAGCCUUAGUGUUUCUUCCCACUGAAUACAUGAAAUCAUCAACAUGGAGAGAAACAAAAGUAAACACUAAUGUAGGGGGAACAAGGAGAAGAGUGUAUGUAGUAUCAAGUAUGUAACUGAAAAGUGCGCUUUCUACUUUUUCCUUUAGGUCAGAAGCAUAGGGGCAUGCAUGCCAGCCAGCUCUUAUGUUAGUGCCAUUUGCUAAUUUAAGCAAGUCAUCUUUUUAUUUUUAUAUGUCAGAACACUCUGUGUUAUAUUGAGAUGCAUCAUGCAUAGUGUAUGCCUUAGUAUAAUACUGUGGUAUGAGGUUUUUGUGGAGAUCAUUUAAUGUCAUGAUGUCGGUAGUGGAGACAAACUGGCUUUUAUUUUGUAUCAUAAUGUAUGUCAAAUGUUUACACCCACCAAACCCCUGGAUAUUUUAUUUAUUAAAUUAUUUUACAUGUUUUACCUCCCA